CUUUAAGAAAAAGAUUAAGAAGAUAUUUGCUUGUUUUUUCUUGAUUGAGAGAAGGUGUCGACCCUGGACAGCAAAAGGAGCUAGGACGACGGUCCCAUUCUCCACUUCACCCUCUAGCUAGCCGGUGGUAGCCGCUGCUGCAUCCAUCUAUCACUGUCGCCACCUUCUGUCCUUCGUCCUUAUUGUACAUACAAGUCUACAACUACAACUUUCUUCUUCCUUUUUUGAACUAAAACUACAUCUUUUUUUCACGGUCAUAUAAUAAGAACAGUUUUGCUAUAUCUUUUUUCAAAGACCGUACCCUAUAGCUAGCUGAACCUUCAUCUAUCUUCAUCUCACCACACCACCAGCAGUCCAGUAGGCAACAGCCAUGAGAGAACUCAUAUGUAUUCCCCUUAUUUUUUUUUUAGGAGACCAAACAAUCUUAAUUUAUCUGCAGCUAAAUUGGUGUUUCACACUUGCAUUACAUAUGGGUAUAUAUGUGAUAUGUCUCUCAUUUCUAUAGAUGGACAAUUAUUAUUUAUCUCGAACACUCUCCAGGCAUUCCAAGUGUUUAGUAGUAGUACUGUCUUAGUAGCUCUUGCUAGCUAGCUCAGAGCUUAAUUAGUUAAUUAGCAGUUGUGCACUGGACACUGGAGUAAUAUAAAAUCGUUGCAACUAGUUGCCCCUUGCUUUCUUCUCCUUCUUCUUCCCCUUCCUCUUCCUGUCCCUCGUGGGGGCGGUGCUGCUGCUGCUGCUGCUUGCUUCCAUCCAUACUAGCAGCACACGGAGUCGAAGAUGCACAUGGCUCCCCUAGAGUCAUGGCUCACCAAGGUCCGUUCGGCCAUGUCCUCUGCCAGGUCGUCGUCCUCUGGAGGUUCGGGGGCGCCACCGGCCGGGCCCAGGACGAAGCAGACCACCGUCGGCAUCCUCGCCUUCGAGGUCGCCAGCCUCAUGUCCAAGCUCCUCCACCUGUGGCGGGCCGUCGGUGACGCCGCCGUCGCACGCCUCCGCCACGAGACCAUCCACCUCCACGGCGUCCGCAAGGUGGUCUCCGACGACGAUGAGUACCUGCUCGGCCUCGCCUGCGCCGAGCUCGUGGACACGCUCAGGGCCGCCUCCGACUCCGUGGCCGCGCUCGCCGCCCGCUGCGCAGACCCCAGCCUCCGCGACUUCAGGGACGCCUUCCUAGAGCUGGCCGACUCCGGCCGCGACCGCUACCGGUGGGCAGCGCCCAGCUGGAAGGAGAUGAACGCGAGGGCGAGCAAAAUGGACAAGCAGGUGGCCAGCACCGCCGCGCUCCGGAGGGCCAUGGAGGAGCUGGCCGAGGCCGAGCACGGCCUCCGGAAGCUCCUCGUCCUCCAGUGCAACGGCAACGGCAACGGGGGCGGCCAUCGGCGCAGCCUGUCGGCGAGCAAGAUCUCGGUGGCGGCGGAGCAGCAGCAGCUGGUGUUCUCCAAGAAGCAGGAGGUGAAGCACCUGAAGCAGACGUCCCUCUGGGGCUGCACCUUCGACGCCGCCGUCGCGUCGCUGGCCCGGGCGGUCUUCACCACCCUGACGCGCAUCAAGGCCGUCUUCGGCGCCGGUCAGGAGCAGCGCCACCCGCCGCUGUACCGCAGCCUGACGCUCUCCUCGGCGGUGCACCCGUCAGCCGACGCACGGUCGGAAUCAGAUACGCCGCCGGUGUCGCGCAAGUCCAUGUCAAUGGAGGAGCUGCUGCUGUUCGACCUGGACCAGCCAUCGUCGUUCGCUUCGAAACCGAAGCGGCAGUGCGGAGGGUUCCUGGAGGACAGCUCGGCGGCGCUGACGCCCCCGGCGGGGACUCUAGGCGCGGCGGCACUGGCGCCGCGGUACGCGGGGCUGGUGAUCUCGAUCGAGCGGAUGGCGCGAUCACCGCGGCUGGUGGGCCCCGAGGAGCGGGACGAGCUGUACGGGAUGCUGACGGCGAGCGUGCGCGCGCAGCUCCGGGCGCGGCUGCGCGGCGCGGUGCCCGCGGCGGACCCGGUGCUGGCGGGGCAGUGGCGUGCGGCGCUGGCUGGGAUCCUCGAGUGGCUGGCGCCGAUGGCGCACGCGACGGUGCGGUGGCAGGCGGAGCGCAGCCUGGAGCAGAGGGGCCCGGCGGUGGCGGCGCGGGGUGGGAACGGCAGCGUUGUGCUGCUGCAGACGCUGCAGUUUGCGGAGCGCGAUAGGGUGGACGCGGCGGUGGUGGAGCUCCUGGUUGGGCUCAACUACGUGUGGCGGUUCGAGAAGGAGAUGAGCUGCCGCGCUCUGUUCGCCGUCCACCACCGGCAGCAGGCGAUGAUGGAGGGCGGCGGCGUGGAGGACACCGGCAAUGGAACAGUAGUAAGCUCCUGCGCGUAGGCCGUCCGAUCGGAAGUUUUUGCAUCCAUGGAUUUUGGUGUAUAAGAAGACGUAUACUACAUUACAAAUUACAUAGUACUAGUAAGGAAAUGAAACAAGGCAAGAAGAAUCAAAUCCAUGGAAUUUGUUGUUGCUUGCUUUUCAAA